CCGCCGGCCCAGGGCCACGGGCCGCGGCGGCGCGCGCGCGUGCCCUCGGGAGGUGGUCUUGCGCUUCGUUGGCACGUUGACUCUCACUUUUAUUUCCUCGGGCUGUGUGGCCCUUUUUUGUCCUUCACUCACUCACUCACUCUCACUCUCACUCUUUCUCGCCCCUGGCGUGUCGUGUCGUGUCGUGUCGACCUUCGUGUGCCUUCGUUUGUCUACAUUACUAAAACCACCACCACCCCCAGAGCGCCUACUCAGCCAUGUCACCCGACACAUUCACGCACCAGUCGCCCUUCCUCUCGCUCCCAGGCGAGAUCCGCAACCGAAUCUACAGCUUCGCGCUGCGGGCCAGCGCCUCAGCGGCGCCCAUCACCGACGCCGUCGCGCGCAGCGCCGCCCUACCUCCCUCCCCCCACCACCACGUCCCCGAUCUCGGCGUCGGCCUCCUGCGCACCUGCCGCCUCAUCCACGCCGAAGCCCCCAUCGCCCACCUCUACGCCACAAACACGUUCCGCUUCACCAGCGUCUCGCACUGCCGCGGCUUCCUGCGCGGCCUGCCCGACUGGCUGCGCGCGCGCGUCGCCGACCUCGAGCUCGACGUGCGCGAUGCCGCCCCGCGCAGCCCCGACGGCGUCAACCGCGAGUGGGCCCAGUACCUGGCGUGGAGUACGGGCGUGUGGGCCGAGAAGCUAGGCAGUCUACGAGUCGACGCGCCGGGCCUGCGCGUCCUCCGCCUCAACUUCGAACAAUGGCCUCGCAUCGACGUCUCGCGCCGCCAUCUCUGGGAUAUUCUGCGCCGCCUGCUGUGCAACGUCGAGGGCCUGGAGCGCGUCGUCCUGCGCGGCAGCUUCGCCAAGGGCACUGCCAUGGAGAGGCGCGAGCCCUGGGAUCCCGUCUACUAUGUCGGCACCGACGACGUCCCCACCGACGAUAUCGUCGAGCAGAUGUGGGGCAUGGUCGCCGGUGGCGACGACAAGAUCAUCCGCUGGGAGCGGGAGGCCGGUCGCGUGGCGCUGGAAAUCGUUUCGCUCGAGCACUUGCGCAAGACCAACCAUGCAUCCAUAGAGCUAGUCCACCGGACCAAAACCACCGACGUCUGGCCCGCGAGCGGAGCCUGCACGCUCGACGAUUACAAGCAGCGGAAAGAUCCGUUGUAUUUUGCGUCCUCGUCGCGCCGCCUCAAUCCCAUCGCCUUCUUAUAAUCGGCCGCGCUGGAUCCCAGGGGCCGUGGAUUUCGUUCUUGUAUUUCUGCACCCAGGAUGAUCCCCGCCAGGGCCGCUUUCCACCCGCCGCCGGACACUGUGACAACAACGCCACCUCCGGCUCCCCAUACCAGGAGGAUUGUCAGCAUGAGGUGGCCGUGCCAUGAAAUGUGGCGGAGGUGACGGCGAAAGACGGGGAAUA